AUGUUAGGAAUGCAGGGAAGUACGUCUAAGCUGCUGCUCUGCAUCGCCCUCGUCACCCUCGUGUCCUUGGCACACGCAGAUGUCGAGGUAGAUGUCGAGGUAGAUAUUGAGGAUCCCGAAGCCAUGCGCAGGCUGGCGAAGGAGGAAGCGGCGAAGCUUGUCGCUGAGAUGCAAGCGCGAAGGAGGAUGGAGAAGGAAGAGAAAUCAAAGCUAGAAGAGCUCAAGAAUCAGGAAAUGGAAGCAAAAAGGCAGCAAGAAGCAAUGAACCAAGCUGAAAUCGAAGAUACAAAGAAGAAGCAGGCGCAGGAGGAGGAGCGGAAGCGCAAGCAGGCCGAGGAGGAGGAGGAGCGGAAGCGCAAGCAGGCCGAGGAGGAGGAGCGGAAGCGCAAGCAGGCCGAGGAGGAGGAGGAGCGGAAGCGCAAGCAGGCCGAGGAGGAGGAGCGGAAGCGCAAGCAGGCCGAGGAGGAGGAGGAGCGGAAGCGCAAGCAGGCGGCGGAGGAGGAGGAGCGGAAGCGCAAGCAGGCCGAGGAGGAGGAGCGGAAGCGCAAGCAGGCCGAGGAGGAGGAGCGGAAGCGCAAGCAGGCCGAGGAGGAGGAGACUUUGGAAAGGAUGUCUAAGCUUGAGGAGCGGAAGCGCAAGCAGGAGGAGGAGAGCAAAAGACAGGAAGACGAUCGGCUGUCGUUAUUGCAGCAGCGGAAGGAGGGGGAGAUAGCUGAAGAACAGCAGAAUGUUGUCAAGGAGGACUCGCGCAGCAGAGAAGAUGGGACGAAGAAGGCUGAGGAGGCUCCUUCUACUGCAGCUGCCGAGCUCAACAACUUCCUCGCCAGCAUCGGCAUCCCCAAGGACAAGCGCAUCGAAGUCUUGGAGCUGGGGGUGGAGAGCCUGCAGGACCUGAGAUUCCUCGAUGACGCCAGCCUGCAGUCCCUCAAGUUCCCUCAGCAUCAGAUCGAUGCCCUGCGGGUGAAGCGUGACGUUCUGGGCCCGCUCGUGGCCUCAGGGAGGAAGAAGCAGGAAGAGCAGGAGAGUCGCAGAGACGACAGCACAGACGAAGAGCAAGAGAAGGAGGGGGCUGAGAAAAUGCCAGUUGCGAAAGAGGCAGGAAAGAAUCCAUCAGUCGCGUUUCCGUCCUUUUCAGGGAUCAUUUCACGUCCUCGAAUCGCCUUUAUCAAAGACUUGUCCUCCAAGUUGCUGUCGACGACGAUGAAGAAACAAGAGCUUUGA